GCCAAAAACUGUACCAAUUAUUUUUCCAAGAACUGAGGGCAGCCUUUGCCUCUCCCUUUCGCCUGCUUCGAGCCUCCAUUGUUGGUUUCACUUCAAAGAAGACGCAGCUACGGAGACGGUUCGCAGGGCACUUCAAUGGCUCUGUCAUUCUCAAUCGCUUGCGGGGAAUCGUCUCCUUCCUUGUUUUUGUCCGCCCAAGUCUUCCUCCUCCGUCUGAUCGACAAGACCCUCGACAGAAUCAAGCUCAAUGUAGCCGAUAUCCUCUCGCCGAGAGCCUGCAUUGAUCCCAGCUCCAGGGUUAGUUCGCAGAACAAGUUCGAUGAUACGGCGGGAGAUGAUGAUGCUGAAUGGUGGUUGGAAACCAAGGAUUGGUUUUCGGGAGACGGGGGAUUAGGGGGGAAGGGAGAUCCGCAGGCUGUUUACAAUGCUUUGGAUGGUCUGCUCAAGGGCAGCCUGGAACGGCUUAGGACAAUGAGGGGAAGCAUAUCACUUGUGGGGACUAGUGAUGCAGCUUGCAUUUCCCGAGCUGGUUAUAGGGAACACUUCAGUACUCUUAGGAAGUUGUGUGCGGAAGGUAAGGUGGAGGCAGCUCUAUGGCUCCGACAAAAGAUGAUUCAAAGAGGUGUAGUUCCUGAUGUAGUUUCUCACAACUAUCUCAUGAAUGGACUGUGCAAAAGUGGCAAACUGGAGAAGGCAGAUUCGCUUUUUGAGGAGAUGCAAGAAAUUGGUCCCCACCCCAACUGUGUUACCUACAACAGUUAUAUCAAAGGUUACUGUCUCGCUAGUAACGUGGAUAAAGCUCUCUUCCUCUUUUCCUACAUGGUGAAUGCUGGGGUUCAGCCCAACAGAAUCACUUGUAACAUACUCGUGCAUGCUCUCUGCAAUAGAGGCCUUGUGGAGGAUGCUAGGGAGGUUCUUGGGAAGAUAAUUGAUGAAGAUGGUGAUAGUGUCAGUUCGGACUUAAUAACCUUAACUAUACUGAUGGAUGGUUUCUUUAAGAAUGGAAACAUGGUUGAAGCUCUCCAUAUAUGGAAUAAGAUGUCCAGGGAUUACAAGAAGGUAGAUUUAGUUGCAUAUAAUGUCCUUGUCCAUGGAUUUUGCUCGAAUGGGGAGAUAAAACAUGCAUAUGCAUCAUUCUGUGAAAUGCUGAAAAGGGGGUUUCUUCCUGAUGUUUUUACCUAUAAUACCCUCAUAAGUUGCCUUUGCAAAGAAGGAAACUUUUCUGAAGCCUCUGACAUACACAAUCUAAUGUCAGAGAGCGAAGUUCCUCCAGACCAGAUUUCAUACAAAACAAUCAUUCAAGGUCUUUGUAUUCAAGGAGAUGCUAUUAGAGCAAAUGAGUUUCUGCAGCAAAUGUUGGACAAUUCAAUGGUGCCUGAUCCACUUAUAUGGAACUGUUUAAUUGACGGCUAUGGAAGGUCUGGAGAUAUUAAUAAAGCAUUCUCCAUUAAGGACCAGAUGCUGGCUUUUGGUAUCGCACCCAAUGUGUUUACUUAUAACGCAUUAAUACGAGCACAACUGCAGAAAGAGAACACUGAUGGUGCUUGCUUACUCAAAAAGGAGAUGCAAUUGAAGGGUAUUUUUGCUGAUGUGGUAACCUACAAUUUGUUAAUAGGCAAUGCCUGUAAUUUAGGGGAAAUAAGCUCUGCACUUCAGUUAUAUGAUGAGAUGCGGAGAACAGGAUGUCAAGCUGACGUGAUUACUUAUUCAGAGUUAAUUAGAGGCUACUGUAUUAGAGGUGAUAUGGAUCGGGCAGAAGAGCUUUUCACCCAGCUUGGCAAAUCGGGUAUCCCAAUUGAUCAUGUUCCUUUCAAGAUAAUUUUCAACACAUAUGGCAGAAUGUGGCAGCAUGAGAAGGCAAUUAACCUCUAUCACAAGUGGAUGACGAGGUCCAAUUGAUACUUAUUUUACCUCAACUUGACCUGCUGCAGUCUAAUUGAGUUUCCUCUUCACGUCUGAGUUGUGGAGGUGAAGAAUUACUCAGACCCAUUUUUUAUGCUAGAAACUUGGAUUUUCUCAUCUCUUGCAAGUCAUCAGUGAUUUGGAAAUCUUAGCAUCAUGCUUGAAGGUUUUCAGCCACAAUUGGCGGUGACUGAUUGGGUUUUAUCUGCCUGCUCCAUGUCUACUUAUUCAUAGUUAUCCUGGAGAGAGAAAACCAACAGUCAGGAAUGCUCUUUCAAUUGGGAGAAAUAAUGUAUAAGGGGCAUGCUUCCAAUGAUGCGGACCGAUCUUUAUGUAGCCUGGAAUUCUCCUGUUCCAAUCGGUGCAUGAUCAUCCCAGAUGGAAACAAGUUGCUCCCAGCACUUCAGAAAGGUGGUCAACUUCACAUAAUUGUUGUCAGCAGUAGGAUGGAGGGACCUCAUAUGCAGACUUCUCAUGCAGCUUGCAAGAAUGCUACUGCUUUUAACUGAAAAGCUCCAUGGUGGAACUCUCUACUUCUCGUUAGUAGCUUUAGAAACAUGAGAUGAGUUUAUAGAGUCGGGUGAUGUUCCUUUUCAGGUUGAGGUGAUGAACGAACACGCAUUCCGUCACAAAGGAAAUAACAGGAAUUACCUAAAUAAAAUAGUACCAGCAUUUGCUGGAGGCGCCAAAUAGCAUCAUAGUUCGUAAGGUGACACUGUUUCCACAGAAUAAUGAUAUCUCCAAGAUCAUGAGUCAGGUCGAGGAAACGCGAGUAACUGUGGCCUCUACUACUAGGAAUUCUGGUUCCAGUGGCCUGAAGCACCUAUGGACGAUAGGCGAAGCGCCGUAAGUGUUGGUUGAACAUGUCGGAAGCUUGAAGGCCAGAUUUCUUGAAGGAGCAAAGGAAGACAUGGGUGCUUAAACAAAAACGUUUGCAGGCGGACGUGGUGGCGAUUUCCGACUGCCCAAGGCGGCAAAUCGAGCGGCAAUAGGUUAAAUUAGAUUUUUCACCCUGAAGUUUCAAGUCUUAACCAUUUUGAACCCUCAACUUUGCGACUGCACCAAUUUGCACCCACGAACUUGAAGUUUUGGACUGCCGCGCAUCCGGGGUUGUAUAUAUGCAAUGAAUUGGUGCAUUGGAGUAUAGGAUUUUUCUCCUACUUUUCUAUCAAAUCCGUGACAUCAUCUAA